AUGGCACCUCAAACCUUCGCUCUGCUGGGUAUUAUCCUGUGCGCUGCCCAUGUCUACACAGUGCCCGUUACUUGUCGGUUACAAGGGGCACUGAUCAAGACAGUACAUGACCUUCUUGAGAACAUGGGAGGGCGUUUUCCAUUGGAGUGCCUUGAUCACAACGUUCAGCUGACAUUCCCUGCUUCUGCUUUCAACAGGACUGCACAGGUAAACGUUGGCAUGGAGAAAGCUACUCAUGAAGUGCUCAGACACAUCGACAUUGUGUUUGAGAAUGACACUAUGCCACUCAUUUGGGAUCAAAGGAAACUCGAUGGUUUCCGUAACAUAGUAUACCGACUGGUCGAGGAGAGCGAGUGUGUUUUAAACAAAUCUCAGCCGAUACAAGAGGAUGACUUUACUGACAGAAAAAUCGCACUGGAUGCAUAUUUUAAAGACAUAUCAGACAACCUCCAACAAAAGGAAUUCAGCGUCUGCGCGUGGGAGGUCGCGAGAAAGGAGAUCUUGCGGACGCUUGGGUUCAUUCUGCGGCUUCUCUGAUCACAUGUUCUGCACUAAAAGACAUGAGAGUUAUCGUCGUAGAUGAAACAGUUUAUCAUCCCACUGCUCACCUUUCCGCCAGUGUAAUCAACUUGAUGACGUGUUUAUUUAUUUGUACAUAUGAUACUGUAUUUACUUAUUUAUUGCCAUGAGGCGUAUGUCCUAAAUUAUUGUUGUUUUAGUAAAAGCUGUUUUCAAAGAA